AUGGCAGACAAGAAGCAGCUCAACGAUCUCCUGAAGUGGAGCAUCGAGAACAGCACCAAGGGCGAGGACAACACGACCGACACGCAGGUGCCGCUGCGCACGCCCAACGCCGAUGCCAUCAAGGCGCUGCUGGGCGGGCCGUCGGACGCCGACCUGAUGGUGGCCGCCAUGACCAACAUCACGUCGCCCGACCCCGAGAUCACGCGCGAGUCCAAGCUGACGGCCUUCGACAACCUCGAGCAGCUGAUCGAGUCACUCGACAACGCCAACCUGCUGGCCAAGCUGGGCCUGUGGACGCCCCUCGUCGAGCUGCUGGGCCACGACGAAGCCGAGUUCCGCCUCAUGGCCGCCUGGGUCGUUGGUACCGCCGUCCAGAACAACCCGCCCUGCCAGGAGCGCCUCGUCGCCCUCGGCGGCAUCGAGAAGCUGGUCGCCAUGGCCCUGGGCCGCCGUGUCGGCAUGGAGAAGCGCGCCGGCGACGGCGACAUCGUGACCGAGGACGGCAACGCCGGCGAGGUCGAGACCAAGGACGUCCGGAAGAAGGCCGUCUACGCCCUGAGCUCGGCCUGCAGGAAUUACCAGCCCGCCAUGGACGUGCUGUCGUCCGAGCUGGUAAAGCAAGCCGGCAAGCCCGAGGGCGAGAAAGUAGAGUCGACGGACAUGGACGCCGUCGACACGGUGAUUAACGAACUGAGAGAGAAGGUUGCAAGUGCAUGA